AUGUGUGAUGUCAAGCAGAAAUCGCUGGAGACAUAUUGUGUCGAUGAUAGCGACCUUAUGCUUGUCUCCAAGUUUUCCAAGUAUGACGCACACUUGGUUGUGGCCAACGACGAACUUAUUGUUUACACGUCUUCCAAGCUUUCCACUAUUCGUGUCGUUAUGCAGCAUUCUAGUAAACACUACAGUUUUGAUGCUGAAGUCAAUGGCCGCAUUUCUGACCUCGUACUUUCAGAGUUUUCGGAUCCAUCAAGGUCUCUUCUUAUAGUUGCUUCGCGCGACUCUGGCAUUUUUGCUUUUUGGAUAUUGCGCCAUGACGACUCUGGUCUCCCCGCUGUCUUGACUAGAAAAAUUACUGAAGUUCCCAAAGAGGUCAAGUUCACAACUUAUAAGAAACAUGAUGCUCAUGUUGCUUUUGCAUGGAAAAAUAAUAUUGAUGUUCUGACCAUUUCUGACAACCGUGAAGCUAUUGCUGCUGCUACUCCCUUGACUGAGGAAGAAAACUCUUCUCGCGGAAAAACAAGUAAACGAGGAGCUCUCAUUGAAUCUUUUAGCAGACUGCAGUAUAUACGCUUUCAAUUUGCUGAUUACAAUAUUGAAAGCUUUGCAGUUUCUCCAAAAUUUAAGUCUAUUGCGGCCUUUUUCUCCGAAUCUCCCGGUGGCAGUUAUGCUGGCCCUGCUUUUGAUAUUAUUAGCAUCCCAACCUUGGAUGACCGUGUGGCUCUUCCAGCUCAACGCAUUCGCAUUGACAGAAGCCAAGAAUCGACCCUUAAUGCCACAGUAGACAUUCCCAAUGGAUGCUCCAUCAACUUUUUUGCUCGCCCUAAUUCACCCUCAGAAUAUGUUUUAAUUGGUUAUGAAAAUAAUUCAGUUCUUAGCUUAAUGUCGGUUCAUAACACAUUCACAUUUUUUCCAAUUGAUUUACGCUCUGAACUUUCUGAAACUUCUCUUUCUUCAGUUUAUUUCGAUAAAACUCUGCUAGUGGCAAUGGUUGUUUCCAAUGAUAAAUCAAAAAUUAUCCUAAUUUUGUUUGAGUUCCCAACAGACAAGGAUAUCUCUAUCCGUCUUAUUAAGAUUGUUUUACCUCAGAGUUUAAACGUCCUUGAUUGUGCUAUAUUCCAUUCACUAGAACCAGAAAACUAUGCUAAUAAGGAUGUUGUGGACCUCUACAUUUAUCACUCUCGCGGCAUUGCCAUUGCUCCUGUUGUCAUUCGUGAAUGGGUGCCAGAGCAUGAGAAAGUGUCAAAGCCAACUACUCCGGUUACUGCUCCUCCAAAAUCUGAGCAAUUGCUGAUGGCUUGUGUUGAUCGAUUUGUUCAAAACAACCAAUAUGAGUGUGGUGACGAGCAUGCACAGUUUUUGAAAGACUUUUUUUCAAAGAGUGACUUUUUAGAAGUUUUUACAGAAAUUGUUGCUCAGCGGCUAGGGAAAGAAUCGUUCAAUAAAUCAACGGAGCAGAUAAAACUUCUAGAACCCUCAAAAGAAAAUAUUAAGGAAGAAAUCGAGGAAGAAAUCAAGGAAGACAUUAAGGAAGAAAGUGAUUCUGAAGAACAAAAUGGCCAGCAUAUCCCCCCUGAUCUCAUCAACUCUUUAGAAGAAGCAUCUAGUUCCGAACCACGAACUGAAUCACGAACUGAGAAACGGGCAUCCUUUAUCCCCCCACCACCAGGUCUAUCUUCAAGAACUAAUUCAACUGCAUUUUCAAAUGCCUUCACAAGUCCUUUUUCAUCCCCUGGCUUUGAUGGUAUGUCACACGCUCUCCCCAAACAGCAAAACACCACUUCAUUUGAUCUUAUUCAGAAACCAACCCCGCUCCAGCAACCAACACCACAAAACGCAUUAUAUCAGGAUCUUCGAAGCAGUUUUGUAUCUCCACCGGCUUCUUCAUCAAUUACAUCCCCAGUGCCAUUACAGAAGGGCGUUUCACGAUUAUCAAUUGGUGGCACUACUCUUGGACAAAGUAAUGGCUAUUCCUCUCAAAUCUGGGGGUCUACUAGUGCAUACACAGGAUCGAUAUCAUCGAAUCUCACUAGCUAUCGUCAACCAUCCUUAACACAGCAGCAACCUCAGAUACAACUUCAAUCACAAAUCCAACAGCAGCAACAGCAAUUAUCUUCUCAACAACCGCAAGCUGAGUUGCCACCACCUGAAAAAUUUCGGUCUCUUGUCUCUCCACCUUUGAGUCAACCUCCUUUUACUCCACAAAAGCAAGCCCCUUCUGCGGCAACCAUACCUAGUCAACAGCUUCCAUACCCUCAGUGUGAAAGUGAUACACCGUUUCCUGAACUCCCAGCGGUUGGAGGAUCUGUCCAGGAAUCUUUACCAGUGGCUCCUCCAGCUCAGACAAGCUAUCUAGUAAUUGAACCACCUCAGAGCGAUGAGAUUUCAACACGCGAGCGGGGUAUCAUUCGAAGCAUUAUUCAACAAGACCCUUUAGGAGCUUUUCAUUAUUUCCGUUCGCCAGAAGAAUCCAAUGAUACUAAUGGAACUAGCAGUAGACCUAUCGAUUUGGGCCGGUUAUUAUCAUGUGCCAUGUACAUUACUACUGCGGCGGGAGGAAGUCAUGGUAGCGAAAAUGCUACCCUGAUAGAGCAGCAGCUUUUGGAAGACACUGAUAACAAGGUUUCUGGGUCUGCUACGCCAUUCAUCAUAAGUGCAGACGCAUGGACUGAGCCAUUAUCUGUCACUCUGCCAGAGCUCAUGAAGUGGUCACAUCGUACGUUCGGUCCACGUUUUUUCUUAAUUCUUGGAUACGUUGCUUGCCUUGUGAGCCCUGCUCUCAAUGCCCCAUCUCUUGAUACUCCGAUUGCAGACCAACGUCGAUCUCUGGCUGAACGAGUUAAGUGGGCUGUUGCUUUACUCUCAGUGGUUAAUAGUCUGGUAUCGUUGAGCAAUAUAAAUAGCGAUUCAGGAUACGCUGAUAAGAAUGAUGGUGAAGAUUACGAUAUUCUUAACGAAGAAGAGAACGCAGAGGUGGCACGCGCCCAAUGGACAGACAGCAAAGAGCUUGUAGCGCCUACACUUACACAAAUACGCAACGAUGUAUUGUCAUUGAACUCUGGAUCUGUUGAAACGUUAAGCCCCAUUAUUAGCGAUUUAUUGAAAAUCAUCACUAAUCUCAUGGCGUGA